AAACAAAGACGAUUUAUGUCUGCUAUUUUUCUGAAGGAUGAAAAGUGAAAACUGUUUUUAAAAUCACAAACCAUGAACUCUGAGCUCUGAACUAAUCAGGCGUAAAAUAAGUUAUCAAUUCAGUUAUCGGAGGAUCUUACCAAAAUCAUAAUGGAGAAACAAGGAAAAAAAUACAAAGUGUUUGAACGAAUUUUGCUUGACCAUUUCUUGAAAAAACGACGAACAGAUUUAAUUAAUAUUUUGUCUGGAGAAAGUCCUUGUUUCUACAUUGACGGAUAUGAACUGUUAGAUCUAUCUGAUAUAGUUUUCACGAAUCUAAUGAUUGAUCCUGAUAAAUGGUUCCCUAAGCUUGAUAGACUGGUUGCUAUUGCUCUGGACAGUGUUCUAGAAGAAUCGUCACAAUCAGAGAAGGAACGGUCGAAUUUGUCUCUAAAAGAUAAUGUCAGGCUCCGACUGUCAUCCCUUCCUCAAGUUUCGGAGUUUCAGAAGAUUUCUGUUCCUAAAUGUGAAGAUGUGGGAUCAAUUAUUUCUUUGUUAGGAACUAUAACAAAAUCAACGCAGCCGCGGAUGUUAACUAAGAGUAAGUUGGUCGAGUGUACAAAGUGUAUGCAUCAGUUCUCUGUCCUGGCUGAUUACGUCCAGUACUAUGAGUUCUCUCCUCCGUCCUUAUGUCCCAACCCGGAUGGUUGCUCCGGGUUCCAGUUUAAAGACAAGGAACAGUUUACAGGAGAUAACUGUAGAGAUUAUCAGGAGGUUAAGAUCCAGGAGCAGGUUUCCAACCUAUCUCUGGGUAGUAUACCCCGCAGUGUCUGGGUAACCCUGGAGGAUGAUCUAGUAGAUUCUUGCAAACCUGGAGACGAUAUUCUACUCAUAGGUUCGAGAAUUUAGAAAAUUUAGAGUCUAGAAAUGGAAAUUAAUAGAGAUUUUGUGAUGAAAAUCCUAAUGGGGAAUAUUUGGAUUAGAAUUGUGGCUUUAAAAAUGCCGUGNGUCACUAAUGGGUUAAUUUUUUCAAUUUUUUUCCCCUAGGUUUAUGGUCUGUACUUAGUGAAGCUUGCUGUAGCAGUCACCUUAGCAGGAGGAGUAGAGAGGAUAGAUACAGGAGGGAGUAGGGUUAGAGGAGAACCACACCUACUCCUAGUAGGGGAUCCAGGAACUGGUAAAAGUCAGCUGCUGAAGUAUGGGAGUAGGAUAAGUCAUCGGUCCGUCCUGACCACUGGAAUAGGUUCUACAAGCGCUGGUCUAACCGUAGCGGCCAGUCGAGAAGGAGGACAAUGGCAUCUAGAGGCGGGUGCUUUAGUACUGGCGGAUGGCGGAGUAUGCUGUAUUGACGAGUUUAGUGGUAUUAAAGAGGCGGACAGAACCUGUAUCCAGGUGGGUAAAGGGAAGAACGAUAGAACUGAGAUUGAUCUUGUAAUUCAGGGGAUUAGUGUUCAGGUGAACAAUGACAAGAAGUUGCAGUGCAACGUGAACCCGGAGACAGAGAUGGAGAUAAAAAAGUUCUGGGAGCAGAACCUAGAUAUGCUCGGUAGUUACGAUCCGGAGAAAUCUAUAAGUGAGAAUACUGCUAUUGCGUCACCGCUUCUCUCCAGGUUUGAUCUAGUUCUAACUCUCCUGGAUACUAAGAACCCGGAGUGGGACAUGAUCGUCUCCUCGUUUAUCCUAGAGGGGAAGGAACCUUUCAAGGAGAAAACCCCGGAGAGUAAACCCAUUUGGAGUUUUGAGAAGAUACAGGAGUAUUUCUCGUAUAUUAAGAAGCUCUCCCCACUUCUGGGACCCGGAGCAAACUUAAUCCUCUCCAACUACUACCAGAGACAGAGGAACACAGACUCCAUGGACCAGGCUAGGACCACGGUUAGAUUGUUGCAGAGCUGUAUCAGGUUGGCCCAGGGGCACGCUAGGUUGAUGUGCAGGGAUGAGGUUCAGGUUCAGGAUGCUGUAUGUGCAGUUCUACUCCUCGAGUGCUCAACCUCGUCCUCUGCCAGCCUUGUCAAGGGAGGGAACGCUUUACACACAACCUUUCCCCUGGAUCCUUUGGAGGAAUACAAAACACAGGCUAAACUCAUCCUGACAGGACUGAACCUUCACCAUCUUUGGGUUGCGGAGAAAGACAGGAUAGAUCGACUAAAAUCCUGCUCCGGAUCCGUUUCUGCAUCCCAGUGUCAAACUCAGGUUCCUCCGAGAACUGAGAGAGAUAAGAACCUGUCCCAAGUGAUGAAAGCAAUUCAGAUCAAUCGGUUACCCUCCUAUCCUACUCCAGAUAUAGAGAUUAACAAGAAGAAAAGAAAACGACGGGUCAGAACUCCAGAGGAAAAGGCGGAGACAGGAGAUAAGAACGAAAACUUUAAUCCGGAGCCGGAGGUUUUCAUCUCCUCGGAGGAGGAAUCGGAGAAAGGAGAAGAGAAGCGGAGAAAAAAAUCAGAAGAAAAAAAGACGAAUAAACGAGAUUCUGGAUCCGAGAGCAUAGGCUCUGAAAGCGAAUCAGCUGAUGUAAUAACCUCUACUCAAGUGAUGCCACGUGUUAAAAAGAAGAUCCAGGAUUCAUGUUUUCUGUCUCCUCCUGAGCUCGAAGCGGAUGUAUCCUGUAUCCCAAGGUUUCCGGCAGUUGGAAUCUCUCAGGAGGAUGAGCCCCAGUCUCCGGGUUCUCCUGGAGUACCAAGAGUUCCAUCUCCACGAAGUUCUACUACUCUGAGCAGGAAAACUUUAAAGAAACUCCAAUCCUUUUCAAAACUUGACGACUCGGAGACGGAGAAAGAGAAGAAAAUCUCGUCCGAAGAUUUAGAUACGAGUCCAAAUAAAUCCGAACUUAAUUUAGUCCUAGAGAAUAAUUCAGAUACCUCAUCUUUCAAUCAACAAUCGCAAGAAAAUAGUUGUUCAAUACAAACCGAUCCUUGCUCUAAUAUCAAACCUAGUUCCAACUCUGUAAACAUCUCUAGAGCUAAUUCGAUACCCAGAGAUAGUUUCAAGUCCAACUCAACAACAAAACCCAAACACGAACUGACCUCUGAUAAGUUAAAUUCUCUAAUGAGUAAGAUUAAGAAGGUUUCCAAAGAUCCCUUACUCCAGAGUAACUCAACCUUGGAGAUGGAACAAGAUUUAGAUUUGGAUUUUGACUUUGAUCUCUAGCUAACCUUAAUACCUCUAGGUUCACCUUAAUACUCGAGUCUUCUCAACAUUAUUUAAAAUGAAGCUUACUUUGGGAUCCAUUUACAAUGCGCUUUAAUAAUAUUUAGAAAGUUCAUAAAUGUCUUUUAGACUUUUUUUUAAACGGCCCUAGAUGGUAAAGAAACUUAAAAUAUAUGAGCAGUCCCUUCAAACAUUUCUUUUUCAUAUGUAAAAUUACAGACUGCCAUGGGAAGAAAAAUGUCAGGCCCACCUAAACUGUGAUAAAUUAUUGUUGAUCUAUUUUCA